UUCUUGCUAAAACCUUUGUGACAAAAAUUGAGGUUUUCCGGAGGAACAGUCAUUGACUCGAUAUCUGUAUUCGUUCUUGUCAGGAGAUGGAAUUGGACCCAGAUGAUGUUUUCAGGGAUGAAGACGAAGACCCAGAAAGCGAAUUCUUUCAGGAAAAAGAGGCUUCCAAAGAAUUUCUAGUCUAUCUAAUUGAUGCUUCUCCCAAAAUGUUCAGCUCUACUUGCCCUUCUGAGGAAGAGGACAAACAAGAAAGUCAUUUUCAUAUUGCUGUUAGUUGCAUUGCUCUGUCACUCAAGUCUCAUAUUAUCAAUCGGUCAAAUGAUGAAAUAGCAAUAUGUUUCUUUAACACUCGUGAAAAGAAGAAUCUUCAGGAUCUCAAUGGUGUCUAUGUCUUUAAUGUUCCAGAGAGAGAUUGUAUUGACCGUCCAACAGCGAGGCUGAUUAAAGAAUUCGAUCUCAUAGAAGAAUCAUUUGAUAAGGAUAUUGGUAGUCAAACUGGUAUUGUCUCAGAUUCUCGGGAGAAUUCCCUUUAUAGUGCUCUCUGGGUUGCACAAGCACUACUGCGCAAAGGAUCUUCAAAGACAGCAGAUAAGCGCAUGUUUCUAUUCACUAAUGAAGAUGAUCCUUUUGGGAAUAUGAGGAUCUCUGUAAAAGAGGAUAUGACGAGGACGACAUUGCAGAGAGCUAAGGAUGUCCAAGACCUUGGCAUUUCAAUUGAGCUUCUUCCCCUCAGUCAACCUGAUAAGCAAUUCAAUAUAACUCUCUUCUACAAGGAUUUAAUUGGAUUAAACAGUGAUGAACUUACGGAGUUCAUGCCAUCAGUUGGACAGAAGUUAGAGGACAUGAAGGACCAGCUGAAGAAGCGUGUACUUGCCAAGAGAAUAGCAAAAAGAAUUACGUUUGUGAUCUGUGAUGGUUUGUCUAUUGAACUGAAUGGUUAUGCGUUACUCCGUCCGGCUAUUCCUGGCAGCAUAACCUGGCUUGACUCUACAACUAAUCUUCCUGUGAAGGUGGAAAGAUCAUAUAUCUGUACGGACACUGGAGCGAUAAUGCAAGAUCCUAUACAACGGAUUCAGCCUUACAAAAAUCAGAAUAUCAUGUUUACCGUGGAAGAGCUAUCCCAAGUAAAAAAAAUCUCAACUGGACACUUAAGACUGCUGGGGUUCAAGCCACUUAGUUGCCUCAAAGAUUAUUACAAUUUGAAGCCUUCUACAUUUCUCUAUCCAAGUGAUAAGGAAGUUAUAGGGAGCACUCGUGCAUUCAUUGCCUUGCAUAGAUCCAUGAUACAGCUUGAACGUUUUGCUGUUGCAUUUUAUGGCGGCACUACACCUCCGAGAUUGGUUGCACUUGUUGCUCAGGAUGAAAUCGAGAGUGAUGGUGGUCAAGUGGAGCCACCAGGGAUGAACAUGAUAUAUCUUCCCUAUGCUAAUGAUAUUAGAGAUAUCGACGAGUUGCAUUCAAAACCUGGUGUAGCUGCUCCUCGCGCAUCAGAGGAUCAGCUUAAAAAAGCAUCAGCUCUAAUGCGACGUCUGGAGUUAAAAGACUUUUCCGUAUGCCAAUUUGCUAAUCCAGCUUUGCAGAGACACUAUGCUAUCUUACAAGCCAUUGCACUCGAUGAAAACGAGGUUAGUGAAACCAGAGAUGAAACGCUUCCUGACGAGGAAGGAAUGAACAGACCUGCAGUUGUAAAAGCAAUAGAAAAUUUUAAGCAGUCGAUUUACGGCGAUGACCCCGAUGAAGAAAGUGACUCAGGGGCAAAGGAGAAAUCAAGAAAGCGAAAAGCUGGUAAUGCAGAUGAUGGAAAAUAUGACUAUAUAGAGCUUGCAAAAACCGGAAAGCUGAAGGACUUGACUGUGGUCGAACUGAAGACAUAUCUGACUGCCAACAAUCUUCCCCUCGGCGGGAAGAAAGAAGUUCUGAUCAAUCGGAUUCUGACUCACAUUGGUAAAUAACAUUAUUAACCGUGACUUAUAACUCCUGCUAGAGAAGCUACGUUUUAGUUUCCGGUAUCGAAAAGCUUGUCGGUUUUUGAUGGGAACUGGACCCAGUUAUCUUCCGGUUCAUUGUUCAGCGUUUUGCUUCACCUACAAAGCUUUUGGAUUUAAGUGUAAUGGUGUCUCUUUUGGGUAACCACUAAUUUGUUAUCUUUGUUCUAACUUUAUGGUGGAGUUUAUAUUUUACGAAAUCCAUAACAGUCUUUAUAUUUUCUAUAUUAUGCUAUGAAUCUUGAACAACAAGAUAAAGUUAGAGAUACAAUAUUUUGGUAUGAGCGUA